CGCAUGCGCAAUCGCAAGAUGGGAUGAUGGCGGAAGCUAGUACACCCCGCAAAACUACCAAGAUUCCAGCUUGGAAAAAGCUCCACGACACCGUUCAGGAUGCCAAUACGUUGAGGCAAGAGGCUGUUAGCGCUCAGCAUGAUCACUUGAUUACAGAAAUUGAGACCUCGGACGGACCUCUGGCCACAACUCUGAGAGCUGUUUACGAUGGCGACGAAUUGGGCAAGUUUCAAGAGACUUUGGAUACUCGAAUCAAGAGUCAUGACCGUGAGAUUGAGCGGAUGUGCAACUACCACUAUCAAGGGUUUAUUGAUUCCAUCAGAGAACUACAGCAAGUCAGUGGCGAUGCUGCCAAACUGAAGGAUGAGAUCAGCGGUGUGGAUAGCGAGCUUCAAAAGUCAUGUGACCCCCUCCUGGCUAAAGGUGAUGAGCUGGUCAAGAGUCGCAAGAUACAGAAGAAUAUCACAGCUGCCAUAGAAAAUCUCUCUAUGUGCCUGCCAGUGUUGGAACUGUAUGGCAAGCUCCAAGAACAAAUGAAAAACAGAAGGUUCUACCCUGCCCUGAAGACCCUGGAACAGCUGGAGCACACCUAUCUGCCCCGAGUCAUCAGCCAUUGGUUCUCACAGACCAUGUCAGAAGCCAUCCCUAAGCUGAGGGAGAAAAUAAAGGAGGCCUCCAUGUCCGAGCUCAAGGACUUCCUGGAGAGCAUCCGGAAACAUUCAGAGAAAAUAGGAGAAGUGGCAAUGACACAUGCAGCUGAGCAGAACAACAUGGACCCAACAAUAGUGAAGAAGAAGCUGAAGAAACGUCGAGCGCCACCGCCGCCUAAUCCAUUUUCUGGGGAAGUGGAAGCAAUGCCUGAGGUUGUGAGAGAAGACUCAUUGGAGGGAGAAGAGGAACUGAGCGCUCAAGAUCUUGUGGAUUUCUCUCCAGUUUACCGAUGUCUACAUAUUUAUUCUGUCUUGGGUGAUAAGGAGAAGUUUGAGACCUAUUAUCGACAGCAGAGAUGGAAGCAAGCUCGACUGUCCCUCCAACCACCAGCAGCCAUGCAUGAAAGUGCAGAUGCUUACCGAAAAUAUUUCCAUGAUAUUGUAGGGUUUUUUGUUGUGGAAGAUCAUAUUUUACACACAUCCCAAGGUCUGGUGAACCGGGCAUAUAUGGAUGAGUUGUGGGAGAAGGCUGUAGAGAAGAUUGUAGCAACCCUCAGAUCAACUGCUGCAAAGCUUGUCAACCAAAAUCACUGGAAUGCACAGAAAUCUUGUAAAGUAUCCAACUUAAUGCUGGAAAUAAAGAAACUUAUAGUGCUAUUCUGCCACACACUCAAGGGUUAUGGUUUUAGUGUCGGAAGACUGUUGGAGCUGUUACUGGAGAUGAGAGACCGAUACAGUGAGAUCUUGUCGGAGCAGUGGGUGGACAUCUUCAACGACAUCUUCAGGGAAGACAACUACACUCCCAUCUGCUGCAAUGAUGAGGAGGAGUUUAGCCUCAUCAUGUCCCAGUUGCCGUUGAAUGAUGCCGAGCUACAGCAGUCACCUUACCCCAAAGUCCUCCCCUACUCCCAGUUCGUGCCCAGUAUAUACAAUCAAGUCAAAGAAUACAUCAAUGCCUGUUUGAAGUUUUCUGCUGAUCUUCACUUGAGUCACACUGAGAUAGACGACAUGAUCAGGAAGUCUGCCAAUCAGCUGCUCACAAAGACCCUUGGUAACUGUCUGUCCAACCUCAUCAAAACACCAAGACUUAGCUUAAUACAGUUAAUCCAGAUCUCUAUCAACAUGAACUAUCUGGAGCGAUCAUGUGAACAUCUCGAGGAGUACAUCUCCAGUAUAACCGGUGCUGAAAAAGAUAGCGUCCAUAUUGCCAGGUUGCAUGGGACAUCUAUGUUCAAGGAUGCACGGAAUGAUGCGGAACAGCAUAUAUACCAGCAGCUGAAUCUGAAAAUAGAUGAGUUCUUAGAACUAGCGAAUUACAACUGGAUGUUGGCUGAAUCUUCAGGCCAUGCUAGUGGUUAUCUCAUGGAUCUUGUGGCCUUCCUGCAGAGCACAUUCAUGUCCUUCACAAACCUACCUAUGAGAAUUAAGACCCCAGCUUUGGAGAAGGUGGCGAAGACGGCGUGUAUGUCAGCCUGUCAACACAUUGCCGGCACCAUGAUGGGCUUCCUGUUGGAUAACGACAUCCGACAACUCACCCUCGGCUCGCUCCAGCAGUUUAAUCUUGACCUUAUGCAGUGUGAACAAUUUGCAGCCUCAGAGCCAGUCCCUGGUUCUAAUGAUGGCACUCUACAAAUGGCCUUUGCUGAUCUCCGGCAGCUUUUAGAUCUGUUUUUAAACUGGGACUGGUCUUUGUACCUGGCAGACUAUGGCAAACAGCAGUCAAAGUACCUCCGCGUCCAGCGACUUGUUGCAAUCAGCUUGCUGGAAAAGCUGAAUAAUGCUGACAAGAAGAAGAACAACUUGUUUGCAUCGCUGAAGAGGAACGAGAGAGACAAGAAGAAGCUGGUAGAGACAGUACUGAAACAGCUGAAAGGGUUGGAGAAUGGCACCACACCUCAGGUCUAGUUGAUGUAGUGCUCGUUUCCAAGGAGGAGUCUGAUGGUGACAGAGACACCUGCGUGAGAUAGCAGGGGGAGUAGUCCCCAUUCCAGCAGGGUUUACCAGAGUACAUUGACAAGGUUUUGAGGACGCUCAGAAGCUUCCUCGUUGUUCGCAUCUGAAGGGCAUUGUAAAGAACUUGGUUUCAUGGCUUGAGGAGUGUGUGACCAGGACAUCCCAGUUGUUUUGUUGAGUCUUGAUAUUGUGAUGAUUGACACACCUGGAACUGAUAACUGCCUGUGCAGUUUCACCAACAGUUUUCGACACGGACACUAGUCUUGUAGCCUCGAGACUUGAGAACAUCUUGAAGGAACAUCUGUUUAUGUAAACCAGAAGUUGAGCUGUGGACUAAUUGGAUUUAAUUAUCCAAAGCAAUCAGAAUUUGCACAAAAUGGUACUAUAAGAGUCGUACCAAACCUGUCCACACUCUGUCAGAGCUACAUUAUGACCCGGCAAUAGGAAUUGAUAGAUGUCACUCGUCAUCGGUUAAAGGAAUAUUAAUUAGACUUAUGUUGAGAUGGAAAAUUGUAGAAGAGGUUCCUGAUAAUUACCAGACCCGUGAUACUGGUGGAUGCCCAGUAUGUGGAUCUACUGAACACUGUUUGUGGAGGCUACGAUCAAGUCAUUUGUGAUGGAGUCACUGGUGCUGAGGGGCCGGAUCUUGGGACAGCUUUCUCAAGAUGUGCUAUUUACUCGAGAUUCAUUCCCACAACUCAAAGUGCCAUGCUGUGAUCAAACUUUCUCGUCAAGUCUUUCAUAAUUUCCCUGAUGCACAUGCAGUGUGUCUUACCCGCCAGAACACACCUGUUUGUGUUUGAGUCCGAGAUUUCAAUGUACAGCAUGGUAACCUGAUUCAUCUAUGAAAGAUGAGCAUGUCGAGAGCUAGAGUGGGUUUUCUUUGUUCUGCAUUCUAAGUCAUGAAGUCACCCACCAUGCUGUGUGGAUGUAUGCCUACAUAUUAUCCUGAACAAAUACUGCUUAUGAAGCUUGACGAUUCGUAGAUUAGUACAGUGCUUUGGAUAUUGGAAUUGUCAUUACACCAUUAAACCAUGUUGUUGUUUUCUUUGAGACUGUCAUGUGUGACUUUAUUUAAUGGCCUAUUAUCAGGAGGUGAUAUAUCUCUCAAUUGGUCAUCUUUGACAAGCUCUUAUUUCUCUUCUGGACGUUACAGGAAUAGCUUUGUGCAAUAUUGAAGAAGUAUUUAAGUCUGGUUACCUUGAUACAAGAAUGUGGUACAGAGACAAAUGUAAGGAGAACCACCUUCCUCUCUGACAUACAUUUGGGCUGUUGCAGGUCCUGCAUAUAGAUUUGAUUAUAACACUUUCUACUAUGUUACACUCUGUUUUAAAGACUUUUGAGCGUAUUCGCCCAAAUAUGGCUCUAAGCAUCAUUUUCAGUAGAGUUUAGUGUUAUCAUAUGGAGUAGUAUUAACUUGGACCAACAGAAUUUUACAAGACACAGACUGUACUAUAUUAUGAAGGGUUAGACAUGGUCACUAGUCUGCUAACCCGGGAAAUGGUGACAAUCUCAAAAUAUUCUGGUAAAGACACAGAUAAUGAGACCUGCUUUGUGACCCAAUUUACAUGAGUAAGUGGCACAGUCCACAUUUCUGCAGGGGUGACAGGGGUCAUUAAGAGAAUCAUGCACAUUCUAGCUGUGUGCAUUCUGCAUCUGUCCUACCUGUCACAGAUACUGGGAAUACCCCUUGCAGCUGUCCGUGGCCCCCAUUUUUCACAAAGGCAUGUUCAACACAUCUGUGUCUACCAGUAUUUGUGAUACAUAGACCAUGAGUCCGAAAUGAGAUCAAGACAAGCAUCAUGGUCAUGUUGACAUUUUGUUUGCCUCUACAGAUAGCUACUAUGUGUAUGCCGGUGUGCUGCAACAGCCCUUGCAUGCAGGCAGAAGGCCGCUAUUUAAUGCCAUAAUAUAUUUUCGGAAUGGUGAAGAUUUAUACAGUUUUCAAUUUUUUGGGAGAGUGUGAGUGUUUGAAACCUUGUACGAUAUUUCUACAAUUGUAAAACUUGGGAGGAACAAAGAAUGACAGGUUCUCAAGCAGUGGCUUUAGAAAAGUAGUGGUUUGGGGAUCUUUAUUGUAAAUCAUUUUUUUACCAGAUGUAAAAAUUGUUGUGUUGUUUUCGUCUUAAGGACAAAGUUAUUUUCUGUCAAGCAGUUACGGAUGCAGAAAGUGUCUGGAACAAGAACAUUGUAGCAUUUGUCAUUAGCCUUUUCUUGCUUCUGAAAGAUGUCUCUGAAAUUCCCAGAUAAGUCAUCUUCAUAUUGUUACCUGAUAAUUAUCGGUCCUUAUGGACACAGAAUUACAAACAAUCACCCACUGAAACACACUUUCAGUUGUUUGGUUUGCCUUGCUGGUCAUGGCGGGUCACUUGAUUAAAGAUGAAAUAAGUUAAUUUUGCAACAUACACAUAUUUUCUUGGCAUUGCUACAUGGAUAUUUAAGUUUUAGCUGAACACUGUCCUAGAGAAUUCAUAUUCAUAAAAAAACCUAUCCAUGGCUGUAUGUUCCCAAAGCACUGAUCUGCUGUUAACCUCAACAACAUGAAAGACACUAUGUAUGAUUAAUAUUUUGACCAGUGUUCAUGGUAAUAGGUUGUUAAUGUAAGUCAUUAAACAUUGGUACAAGUGAUUUUGUGAAAUGUACCAGUGAAGAAAGCAAGCACCUGCCAUCAUGCCUGGAUGAAUAACAGGAGAAUGAUAUUCUGUUUCAGUAUUAUUAUGUGAUAGCACCAAUAUAACUGAUAAUAAUGAUGUAUUCCUUUGUAUUCUUUUGUAAAACAUUAUUGUAUUGACUCCUACAAAGUAUACAAGUCUUGUUAUGCCUGCAUUUUUUAUUAUAUUUUAUUGCUUAUUAUUGGAAAUAUUUAUAUUUUGUCAAACAGAAAUAACGUCCACCUGGCCACACCAAAUGAGUUUUGUUUUGUUUGUGUUUUGCUUUGACCUUAACAAAAGUAUAAAUAAAUACUGACAAUAAGCUGAUUAAGUGAAAGUAUCUGUAUUUUAAAGAUGAACCAUAUGAAUUUGCUGGCUCUGGAUAAAUGCUAUUUCAGAGUACUUGGUAAAAUGUUAUAACUGGGUUUGUGAUUCAGGAGGUCUUGUUAUUUACCUAGAAGUAUGUUUGUGCUCUUGUAAUUCACUUCAGCCCAGACCACGGUGGUGUAUGUUCAUUUGUUGCUAAGCAUGCUAAGUGCCCAGCCAAUGGUUGCAGCAUUUGUAUUUGUACUUCAUCAUCUCAAUGAAGGCAUAAUCGGUGAUCAAGGGCAACACCAGUGUACUUCCUACUUCCUUUGAGUAAACCCCACCUCCAUAUCUAGGAUGGUCUUGCCAGUAGUUAGCAUGCCUGUGAGUAUCUUUCUAGCCGUUAGUUGAUACAAUAUCUGGAUAAUUUGCCCUGGACAAGUGGACUUUAACAUGUGACUUGCCCAUGAACAAAUGAUCAUUACAAGAUUGUGACCUUGAUCUUCCAUGCAGCAUGCACAAAUGUACCACUUAGCAUAAGCUACACUGAUCACUGAAAUACAAAUGAAACAAACAUUUGUACUAGGUCAUUGAUUGUGAAUAUUGAAUUAUAUACAAGUCAAAAGAAGUUAAAGAACACCCACAAUUGGAAGGCUUUUGUUGCAAUGCACACCAGCCAUGACAGAUUAUAUUGUCAUAUGAAAAAAUAAGGUGUUCCUUAACAUUUUUUUAGUAGUAUAUUUGUUUUCUUGGUAUCUUAGUAUGAUUUCAUUUAGGGCUGGGACGAUACACAAACUGUGCGAUCAGAUACGAUAUCAAUAUCUUCCUCAUCAUCCCAUACGUAUCACGAUACUUGCAUGUGCUCUUAUCUGUUGUGCGUAAGCCAUCUUUUUUAUAGACAGGAUGGCCAAAUACCUGGCACACUAACGAUUUACAGUUGGUAGUGUCAAUUGUGGCACGGACGAAAAUAUUUACGUUUUCACUACUUAUUUUCACUAGUAAUUAGUGUUUGGUGUAACAUUUAAUGAAUACAUUUAAAGUAAGAAUUGAUACUUUUUACUUUGUAUGCGAUUGUGAACGAUAUUAGCAAAAAAAUUGCCAUCCACCGAUGCAUCGGUGUAUUGUCCCACUACUACUUUCAUUAUGUAUUUGAUUUCUAUGGAUGUGCCUUUCUCUGUGUGGACAGGUAUCCAUUGGUUGACAGGGUCUGCUUACCCAGCACUCUAGCAUCUCCACAGAAUCUGUUUGCAGGUAGAUUCAUCUGCUUGUUUCUUCAUCAUUGUAACAGAUUGUAUCAUCAAGUGUCGAACCCAUAUGCAUAUAGGAAGUCAGUUUAGUUCAUGAACAGUGAACAUAUUAGUCUACUUCAGAUAGAGAUACGUAUAACGCUCAGUUUAGCUAAAUUUAUCCACAACAAUUGCCAUUGUAUCUGUGGAAACCAGCUUUAACCAUGCUGGAAAGUCUUAAUGAAGAGUCUGUGGCCUCAACAAAAAACUAUUGGCAAGAACAUAUUUAAAUAGGCACCUCAAAUAAUUUAAUUGCUUGAGGCUUUAGAUGUAUAAUAACAUUGACUCUGAAAUAGGCACCUGAGCAGCCCUGGGAGUUGCAUAUCUUUUU